AUGACACACCAUGACAAUGGGCCGAGAGUUGGAAUCAUAGGCCUGGGUGCCAUGGGAUUGGGCAUGGCGUCAAACCUCGCCCGGUCCGGGUUCAGCGUGACAGGCUUCGAUAUACAGCAAAGCGCGGUAGAACAACUGGUCGCAAGGGGAGCCAAGGGCGCAGACACUCCCUCAGCGGCUGCAGAAGAUGCAGACCUCCUUAUCAUCGUCGUCGCGACAUCUGAUCAGACUUCGACGGUGCUGUUUGACGACGAAAUCGGGGCACUGACGACGCUUCCCCAGGGCAGCACCAUUCUGCUUUGUAUCACUGCCCUGCCUGACUAUGUGACGGCUCUCGAUCGGCGACUCAAAACAGUGGGCCGGCCAGAUAUCAAAUUGAUCGAUUGUCCGAUCUCUGGAGGGGAGGCACGCGCUUGGAAUGGCACCUUGUCCCUGCUGUGUGCCGGUCACGAGCCAGAUAUAUCAUCUAUUCGCGACGUAUUGGACUGUCUCAGCUCCAGGUUGCACAUUGUUUCAAGCCGCAUCGGUGAUGGCUCAAGUCUCAAGCUGGUUCAUCAAAUCCUUGUCGGCGUUCAUAUCCUCGCGAGUGUCGAAUUGAUGGGCUUGUGCUAUGUCGCUGGCCUGGACCUGCAUUCAGUAUACGAGAGCGUCAUGGGCGGAGACGGUGCCAGCUGGUUGUUCGGCCAGAGGGCUGCUCACAUGCUGGACGAGAACGAACUACCGGCGUCGUCACUAUCCAUAAUCACAAAAGAUAUGGCCAUGGUGACUGAACAUGGGCGAUGUCACCGUGUUCCUCUCCCACUAUCAUCGAUAACCCAUCAGCUUUUGGUUCAAGCCUUAUCAGCAGCCUGGGAUGCUAAAGACGACUGUGUCACCAUUAAUGCAUAUCUUUUGACAUCGGGCACCCUCCAGGAUCUCAGACAGGGUGGAAGCCAACCAAGGGCUUCCUCCAAUCUUGACGCGGCUGCCGCAUCCAGCUUGUUGAUAGGAAUCCACGCUGCGGUCGCCAUCGAGGUGUUGCUGUUUGCAAAGAAGCUGGGUCUUGAUCUAGGUGUCCUCAAGGAGGUGGUGCAGGGCGCAGCUGGCUCCAGUGUUAUGUUCGGAAAAGUGUGCGCACAAGUGGAAAAGAUUGGAAAGUGCUCUCUCGUGUGUUUGGAUGACUUCGAUUCCAUUUCACAGAACAUGGCCAACGCCAUUGCGAGCACAAGAGCCCUGGGAUAUCCACUUUUCAUUGCGUCUACAGCUCUCCAACAGUACUACUGCGCAUGA